CCGCGCCUGCUCCCGGGCUGACGCCGCUGCCGAGGCGGGCGCGGAGCCGUCGCCAUGAGGAGCCGGAGCAACUCGGGCGUGCGUCUGGACGGCUACGCGCGGCUGGUGCAGCAGACCAUCCUCUGCCGCCAGGAUCCAGUGACAGGAUUACUUCCAGCCAGCACCGAUCAUAAAGACGCCUGGGUCCGAGACAAUGUCUACAGCAUCCUGGCAGUAUGGGGACUGGGCCUGGCAUAUCGCAAAAAUGCAGACCGCGAUGAGGACAAGGCAAAGGCUUAUGAGUUGGAGCAGAGUGUGGUGAAACUGAUGCGGGGCCUGCUGCAGUGUAUGAUGAGACAGAUGGACAAGGUGGAGGCGUUCAAAUACAGCCAGAGUACAAAGGACAGCCUGCAUGCUAAAUACAACACGCACACCUGCGCAACUGUGGUUGGAGAUGAUCAGUGGGGUCAUUUGCAGUUAGAUGCCACCUCACUUUAUCUGCUCAUGUUGGCACAAAUGACAGCCUCAGGGCUUCACAUAAUCCACAGCCUGGAUGAGGUCAAUUUCAUACAGAAUGUCGUCUUUUACAUUGAAGCAGCUUACAAGACUGCAGACUUUGGGAUAUGGGAGCGUGGAGACAAGACGAACCAGGGAAUCGCAGAGCUGAAUGUGAGUUCGGUUGGCAUGGCUAAGGCAGCCCUCGAAGCCCUGGAUGAACUUGACCUCUUUGGGGCAAAAGGAGGACCCCAGUCGGUGAUCCACGUCCUUUCAGAUGAGGUGCAGCAUUGCCAGUCUAUUCUCCAUUCAAUGUUGCCGAGGGCUUCAACAUCUAAGGAAGUCGAUGCCAGCGUCCUUUCAGUCAUCUCAUAUCCAGCAUUUGCUGUGGAAGAUGGUGAGCUGGUGGAGAAAACAAAGCAGGAAAUUAUUCUGAAGUUGCAGGGACGGUAUGGCUGCUGCCGGUUUCUCAGAGAUGGAUACAAGACACCCAGAGAGGACCCUAAUCGUCUCUAUUAUGAGCCGGCUGAGCUGAAGCUUUUUGAGAACAUUGAGUGUGAGUGGCCUUUAUUCUGGACAUACUUCAUCAUCGAUGGAAUCUUCAGUGGCAAUGCUGAGCAGGUUCAGGAGUACAGGGAGGCUCUUGAAGGGGUCCUUAUUAAGGGGAAGAAUGGAAUUCGCCUGUUGCCAGAACUGUACAGUGUCCCUCCUGAGAAGGUGGAUGAAGAGUAUAUGAAUCCUCACACUGUUGAUCGAGUGCCUCUUGGCAAGCUGCCACUCAUGUGGGGCCAGUCUCUUUACAUCUUGGGUUGUUUAUUAGCAGAGGGAUUCCUUGCUCCAGGAGAAAUCGAUCCUUUGAAUCGCAGGUUUUCUACCAUACCAAAGCCAGAUGUGGUGGUUCAAGUAUGUAUCCUGGCUGAGACGGAUGGCAUCAAGACCAUCCUGAGGAAGCAGGGCAUUGAUGUGCAGACGGUGACGGAUGUCUACCCCAUCCGAGUCCAGCCAGCCCGGAUUCUCAGCCACAUCUAUGCCAGGCUGGGCCGAAAUAAGCACAUGAACCUGAGUGGCCGGCCCUUCCGGCACAUGGGAGUCCUGGGGACCUCCAAGCUUUAUGACAUCAGAAAGAACAUCUUUGCCUUCACUCCCCAGUUCAUAGAUCAGCAGCAGUUCUACUUGGCACUGGACAACAGGAUGAUUGUGGAGAUGCUGCGGACAGACUUGUCGUACUUGUGCAGCCGCUGGAGGAUGACUGGACGGCCAACCAUCACCUUUCCCAUUUCACAGACCAUGCUUGAUGAAACUGGCACUGCUGUACACCCAGCAGUCCUGGCAACCUUAAGGAAGCUGCAGGAUGGGUAUUUUGGUGGGGCAAGGAUCCAAACUGGUAAGUUGUCUGAGUUCCUGACAACUUCAUGCCGCACGCACCUCAGUUUCAUGGACCCCGGGCCGGAGGGUAAGCUCUAUUCUGACGAUUACAAUCUCAGCAUUGACAGCUUCAGUGAACUAGAAUCCGAGGAAUGGCUGCAUGGCUUACAAUUAGCAGAUGAUGCUGACAUUUGUGAUGAAGUGGCUCAGUAUUUAGAUCAACUCCUGGAGCGCACAGCUCCUAGACUGAACCUCCCUCCCACCGCCCAGAAGGGAGGGCUGCAUCGCUUCCGAGCUGCAGUGCGCACUACCCGCGACCUCAUGUCCUUGGCAUCCAAGGCUAAAGAGCUGCACAUACAGAAUGUUGGGAUGUAUAUCCCUUCCAAGUUGUUUCAGACUUCUCAGCCAUCUGUCAACCUGCUGGGUUCCAUCCAUAAGCACGAGCCAGAUGUCAAGAUCCCCUCGCUCCAUGCUGAGAUGAACCUCCCCAGAGACAAUGCUGGGAACGUGGACUGCAAAGCCCUGGUGGACCAACUGCGAGAGUGCCCCACCCUGCAGGAGCAGGCUGAUCUCCUCUACAUGCUCCACACCCUCAAGGGGCCUGACUGGGACACUGAGAUCCAUGGCCAACCUGGUGCUACAAUCAAGGACCUCCUUACUGAGCUGUACGUCAAAGUAGGGACUACUCGACAGUGGGCCCUGAUCCGUUACAUCUCGGGAAUCCUGAAGAAGAAGGUGGAAGCUCUUGAUGAGGCCUGCACUGACCUCCUGUCUCAUCAGAAGCACUUGACAGUGGGGCUGCCUCCAGAACCUCGUGAGAAGACGAUCUCUGCCCCUCUUCCUUAUGAGGAGCUUGUUCAACUGAUUGAUGAAGCUAGUGAGAAAAACCUGAGCAUCUCUAUCUUGACCCAGGAAAUCAUGGUAUAUUUGGCCAUGUACAUCCGCACACAGCCCUCCCUCUUCUCUGAGAUGUUCCGCCUACGUAUUGGGCUUAUCAUCCAAGUGAUGGUGACGGAGCUGGCGCAUUCUCUGCACUGCUCAGCUGGAGAAGCUACCGAGAGCUUAAUGAAUCUCAGUCCUUCGGAUAUGAAGAAUCUUCUGUGCCACAUUCUCUCUGGCAAGGAGUUUGGGGUGGAGAAGAGUGUGCGGUCUGUUGAUUCAACCCUCACACCAGCCAUCUCCAUCCGUGAGAUGGGCGCUGUUGGAGCAACCAAACCGGAGCGAACUGGCAUCAUCAAGCUGAAAAGUGAGAUCAAACAGCAACUGGAUAAACGUAGGCAGUCUCUGACUGGGAGUAAGACCUGUGGCUUACACCCCACGGACUCGGAUUCAGGAUCUUCUCUGACCUCUGGACACUCCUCCAUCUUCCCUGGUGGGGGAUCCUUUGCUAGCAUGCUGGAAGAUCAGUUCUCCAAAGACAGCCGCCAAGGCCAAUGGCAACGGAGGCGGCGGCUAGAUGGAGCGCUUAACAGGGUCCCAGUGGGCUUCUACCAAAAAGUCUGGAGGAUCUUGCAGAAGUGCCAUGGCCUCUCUGUGGAGGGCUUUGUUCUUCCUUCCUCAACGACCAGAGAGAUGACUCCUGGGGAAAUAAAGUUUGCAGUCCAUGUUGAGUCUGUCCUAAACCGUGUCCCACAACCAGAGUAUAGGCAGCUCCUUGUAGAAGCUAUCCUAGUUCUUACCAUGUUGGCAGAUGUGGAAAUAAACAGCAUUGGUGGCAUCAUUGCAGUGGAAAAGAUUGUGCACCUAGCAAAUGACUUAUUCUAUGAAGAACAGAAAACCCUGGGUGCAGAUGACAACAUGUUGGAGAAGGAUACUGCCACUGGUAUCUGCACCUUGCUGUAUGACAGUGCUCCCAGUGGCAGAUUUGGCACCAUGACCUACCUCUCCAAAUCAGUUGCAAUGUAUGUGCAGGAGUUCCUCCCCAGCAGUGGCUGCACCAUGCAGUAGACUCACCUGGUCUGGGCUUCAACUCUGAGUUUACAAACAGCCUUGAUUAUUAUUAUUAGGGAUGAACAGCAAGGCCUUAGGCUGUCUUGUUGGCAGACAUUCUUUGCAUUAGUUGCCUUGCUGGGAUGGUGGCUUCAGAGCUUGGGACCUGCUUCCUCCUAGCUUUGUCCUUGAAAAUGCCACAACCACCAUAACUACUCUUGGAUGGAAGAGUUUUCCUUCCAGAGCAAAAUGACAUGGCAGGAGAAAGUGUGUGUGUGUGUGUGUGUGUGUGUGUGUGUGUGUGUGUGUGUGUGUGUGUGAGAGAGAGAGAGAGAGAGAAACCACAGCUGCAUUUGUGGACAGAUGUCAUGACUCUCCUCUUUCCAUCAAAUCCCAGGGCCUGGCUUGGCUGGCUGAGGGCUGUGCUGUGACAGGCCCUGGAUUGAGUCCCAGCUUACAUCUGAGGCAUCUGUCUACAUAGCAUGUUACUGCUGCAUAACUUUCCCAGUUAUAAAGCCUACACUGGUAGGUUUUAGUCAUGGCUGAGGCGGGUAAUAGCGGGGUUCACAAAGGAUUUUAUUUAUGUCCCCUCCUAGAGGCUGUCUCUGUGUUGAUGCAUCCCUGUGCUGUAAAGGAUACAGAGUGUAUAUGUCCACAUGCCUUUUUCUCUCCAUUGGACUUAGUUGUUUAGAUGCUCUCGCUCUUUAGCACCAAGCCUGUGUGACUUUGGUUUUGUUUUUAAUUAAGAUUUUAUGAACUGACCCACAUCUCCCCCGCUGCAGCUUUUGUUAGAGAUCUGGGUCCCAUUACUCCAGACCCCUUCCUGACCCUCCUAGCAAUGACUCACUGACCUAGCCAGGACAUAAUCUGUGCACUUGGGAUCAGUUAAACCUGCUGCCUAUUGUGGGCACCUGCUGCUCCCCUGCCAUGCAGAUCUGAUGAAGCCUAUGGGGAAACUGCAGAACUGCUUUAGGGGGCGAAUGGAUUGGGGUCCUCAACCAAGCUCCCCAUAUCUGUUUAGAGCUCUAGGGGACAGGGCUUACACAAAAGGUUCUCGACUGUCUGGAGAGAGAUUCUUAGCCCCUUCCCAAACCAUAUUUAGCCGUGUUUUGAUGCACUGAGUUCCUGUAUAUCUAUCUGUGGAGACCCAGGAACAAAUUAAAGUAGCCCUAAAUUACCUGCUUUGUAACAGCUGGAUUUAUUGGGAAGCCACCUGCCUGUGGUGUGUUUUACAGUGGGAGUGCUGGGUCCUGCUUGCUUUGUGCUUUUGACAUCAGCCCAUGCAUUUCACCUUUAGGUCAGAAAAGCAGCAGCCACUCUACUGUUGAUUCACACAACACUUGAAUUCCCAAGCGUGUGUGAAGCAGUCCGAGGCCCUUUUUUCGCGCGGCGGGCUGUGGCCAGCAGCCUGGACACGCCGGGUUGGGAAAGGCAGGCGGCACGCUAGAAUUAGGCACGGACGCUUAAUGGUUGUUUAAGAUUGUUUACUUACACCGUAGAUGGUCGCAGUGCAGGCUGGAAAACUUCCAGGAAUACUUCGCUUAAGUCCCAGUUUAAGGACUUGGACAGAGCUCUGGAUUCACUCACACAAAGUUUGUUAGGCUCUGUGGAACUUAUGCACGCAGGGAAAGGGUACGUCGAGGAUUUCGCUCGGCGAUGGGGAGAGGCUAGAGGCUGAUCAGACCCCUGUUGCCUUCUUGAUAUUCACGCUGGGUCCAAUAGGCUCCGCAGCGCUUAGAGAUCUUCACGAGAUGUGAAGUCUCCUCCUCCUGAUGUUCAUGGAGUCCUCCAACUUGGGUGGAAACCACUCAAGCCUCUUAUACAGCUAGCAAGCCAAUCGCUAGCCGCCACAUAGGAAUAAUUUAGAACUGACCAAUAGUGGGGCAUGAAUCUAAAUACAAAUGGCGGGAACUCCUUGCAACGUGCAUUUCUGUGCUGCAACGAAGAAAUGCACCCUGCAAAGAAAGCUGCAAACGGCUGGAAAAUAAUUUAGCAGUGCCAAAGCACACACAAACAAAAAAAAAUCACACCCUUGGGUUGUGACACCAAGGACCUGUGUUAUCCAGUGAGGAGUUAAGCCUAAGCGAUAGUGGUGCUUGUGUUAGGUAGUCCAUGCAUGCACCAAGCACUCUUCAUACACAUUUCUAUGGCUGGGUCACCUUGGAACCCUCUUUCCCCAAGACAGCUUUGACCAAUGGAGUGAAAUGGUGUGGGUGUAUGAUGAUUUGGCUUCUUCAGUCUCAAGUGAAGAAAGAGUCUUCACUGGAGCUUUCUGGCUCCAUUAGUUUCAGACUUCCUAAGAAGCUCAGAUUCAAACACUCCAGAAAGAUUUGCCAGUUGCUUAUAAAAUUUGUUUCAUUUUAAUAUCUUCACUCCCCUAGGACUCAGUUUCCUUUCAUCCAUCUAACCCUUCAGACUUUCGGACACAAUCCAGCCUCCCCAAUCCAUGCUUUCUGUAACAGAACUGUCUAACAAAAUAUCUGGUGUUCUUGUGCAUGCAGUACAUGUUACCAAUAACCCAAGACAGGUUUGAAACCAUGGAAGGGGAAGCUGAAGCACCUGCACUGCCUUUUCCCACUCCAUCCCAGUUAUUCCUUGUCCAUAGAUAAUGAUCGUUUAGAUCAGCUGGUUCUCUUUAAGCAUUCAGGUGAUCUGACUGUUAGCGAUAUUGAGUGCUGUAGAAGUGAUAUUCUGAUUCUUCCUUCCAAAGCUAAGAGUUCAGUGUGUGUGCACACCAGUGUGGCUGUUCUAAUGGUAUGGAGAGAUGUGCCUUGCAUAGCAUCAGAGGUGUGUAUCCACUCUCAGGUUUUACAGGGAGCACGUGCUUGCAAACCUGCCCAUCUGAAAUAGUCCUCCUCUGUGUAUCUGCUGUCAGCUACCAGCCAGUUGUGCAGGUUGGGCACUAUGUGCAGGUUGGGCAGGGUUUUGUUGGAUCUGUUUAACAGUAUGUCAGGGGUCCUUCCAGAUGAGCACUGCUCAUAUAUUUGCUACAAAAGUUAAGAUAUGUGUCAGUAAUCUUCUCAUUGACCUCCCAUUCAGCUGCUUACCUGUUUUGCUGGAGUCAGAAGUAUUUGAAAAUGUCUCAGAAGCCAGAUUAGCCCCACAACUCCAUCACCUGGUGGAGUAUAGCUUAUGGCCCAGAUAGGUAGAUAAGCCUGGCUGUAACACCAUUGCUUGGCAGGUGAGGGGAAAGAGAGUGAGUCUAGAGGUAAGAUGCUUGACCUUUCAGUUAGCUCAGUUCCCUCAUGCAGCUCCUCCAGCCGAACUCAUAGGGUAACAAGCACAGCAUUUGGGCGUGUUUGGGAAGGCAGCUCCAUGCCAAAACACUGAAGGCUGCAACACUCCGGAAGAAAUGGUGGCAGUCAAAUCUGUUAGAGGGAAAGGAACCAGAGCUGAAAACCUGAGAGAACAACAAACUCUGCUGUUGAGCCUGAAACUUUCCAAUGGUUUCUUGGAACAAAAAACCCCACAACAUACAGGUUUUUAUUUUUGGGUGUAUGUUGGGAGCAGGGCUGUCAACCACCCCACUGCAGCCAUUUCUGCUUAACAUUUUUCACAGCAGUACUAGAGACCCUUUGAAGAUUUCUGACCAAUGAGAGGGUGAUCUAGGGUCAGACUGGGAUUCCAUGAACACACGUCUAUAAAACAUGCUUCCUUUUCCCAUGGACAAGAGAGAGUGCCUCAGACCACUGCUAGGUCUAGAUUGGCAGCUGCUUGGCUCGCAUUGCUAGAGCCAGGUUUUUCAAAAGAUCUUAGCACUCCAUGUACACCCAGUGCAUGAGGCUCUAAUCUUCAAAGGCAGUUAAGUGCCUAAAUUACUAGGUGUUAGGUACCUACAUCCCUUCUAAGGAUCUGGGCCUGAGUUCUGCUGACAAUUGGGCACCUGUCGCACAAUGCUGACCUCCUAAACAUGUUGGCCUUAGUGCCUUAUACUGCAGGAUCCAGAAAUUCCCUGCUCUCCAGAGCCCCAGCUCCUGGGCUGGGAACUGGAUCUGUGCAUGUGACUCUCUUUUUAAUUGAAUUUUAAUCUUCAGUUUUAGAAGGUGCCAAAUGUUUCCUCACAGAGCGGGGUUGGGAAAGAGCCAGUAAGUGACAAAAACAAAGGGCUCAAGAGUUAUAAACUUGGCGUGAAACGGCCUACUGGGGGUGGGGAUUCAUUCAUGAAUAGGGCUGGUUGCUGCAUUGCACUUUUGUGAUGGUUUACUGACUGUAGCUUGAUUGCACUCUAACACGUAGCCAUGUUCCCUUUUAAAACUCCAUUUCUUAGAUCUUUAUUUUUGGCAUGUGAUGCUGAGAUGCAUGUAGACCUCAGUCUCUUUUUUUUCUAGUAAAACAAAAAUUAUAAAAAACACAGAAUUUUAAUAUAUUGUUUUUGAAGACUGAAAUUCUGGAGUAAAACUUCUUCGUUUCA